AGUUGUCUCCCUUCGGCCAAUCAGCCUCGUUUUGUAUUUAUUUUCAUGUUCCGCUAAAAACUUGUCCAAGAUUGUUUGUUUAUGAGAACAUUUAUAUCGUGAUUGCAUUAUGUUUAAUUGUACAGACGAUGAAGACUAUCUUGAUUUGGAUUUCGAUGAUAACAGUGAAGGGAAUUCUUCCGAAAGUUCUGAUGAUGAUAUUAGUAUUGUUGUGAGACAAGCAGAUAAUCGCUGUAAGAGAACAACUUUCUCCAAAGUGAAACCAAAAUCUAUUUUGGAGCAGGACAGCAGCGAUUUCGAAGAUGAAAUGGAAUACGAGCUCUCAAAGAACAUCGAAUCACUCAAACGAAACCUCAGUUCUUCUGAACCUCCAAGACACCUACCUGCAGCUGGAAGCGAACCCACCACAAGCGUCACUACGUCAGUCGCUUCUACAAGUGGUGAUGGUAAUGAUGGCGGUGAAAAUGAUAAGUUCUACAACGAUAUUUAUUUUGAUUCCGAUGAAGAAGAUACUUCCAAUGAAAACAAAAGCAAAAAGAAAAACCAUCAUAAAGUCAUGUCUAACGACGAACUCUUCUAUGAUCCGACAAUGGAUGCAAAAGACCAAUUAUGGAUGGACGAACGAAGGCGCAACCCACACAAAAAGUUUGUCAAAUUCAUGCCACCUCCAGGUUCCAAAACAAAAACUACUAAGACCGACAGACCAAAACUCACGCCUAAGACUAAAGCAAGCACGGGUAAUAAAUCAGUUCGUUUCAAUUUGGCCGAUGGCAAUGAAAAACCUACAAAGCGCAAAUCUUCCAAAAUGCCUAAGAGACCAACUUCCGACGCCUUGUUAGACUGUCCGGCAUGUAUGACAACAAUCUGUGUUGAUUGUCAAAGACACGAGCGAUACCCUAAUCAGUACCGUGCUAUGUUUGUUAUGAACUGUUCUGUGGAUUAUUCCGAAAAUUUAACUUACCCAAAUUCUAAUAAAAACCCGAAAAAAAUGAAACAAUCUUCAGAGAAAUCGAAAGAAGUUUAUCAUCCAGUUUAUUGUAGUGAAUGUAGGACUCAAGUUGCUGUUUAUGAUAAAGAAGAAAUCUAUCACUUUUUUAAUGUAAUAAGCAGUUAUGGCUGAUAAAUUAUUUUAUUUUAUGU